AUGUCGACGCCCGCUUCCUACUCCUCCACCUCGUCCUCCUCCCCAAGGUCGGAUCCGGAUUCAUCCGGCAACCCGACGACGGCUUCACCUCACUUCCCCCUGCCGCAGCUGCCGUGUGAGAUUCGACUCAAGAUAUGGUCAUGCGCGGUGGAGCCCCGCGUCGUCAUCCUCGAUGAUCUCGUCCAAGUAGCCGGAUCGUACCCGAUCCCCCCCGUCACCCAGCUCAACGCCGAGUCGCGAGCCGAGUCGCGGUCGGGCUACGAGGCCAUCGGCCGCGGGUCGCAUCUUCACUUCGCCAGGGACAUACUGGUCUGCGAUCCCAACAUCUCGGAUCAGGGGUCGAACAAACCGCUCGAGGAUCUCGCCCCGCGGGUCCGACGGUUGGCCUUCUGGGACUGCUUCCCCGACGACGGGCGCGUCGACGGCUUCUGCCGCUAUUCGGACUACCUCGCCACCUGGUACCCGCAAGAGAGCUUCGGCAAGGUCCACUUCGACAAGUUCUGGUUCCCCAACCUCGAGGAUCUCUGGAUCAUCAAGGUCGGAGAGGUCGAUCGGUCGUGGAAGGUCGCCGUCGACAGGGACAUGCCCGUCGACGUUCGCGCGAGGAAUACGGCGCGCCAGUUCCGUUACUGGGUCGAGGACAACAUUGUCGAGAUUGCGCCGCUCGACCUCGACGACGCCGACACGAAGCUCGUCCUGCAAGACGGCCGAUGCGGCAAGGUCGACUGCCAAGAACUGAAUCGCCGACGGCCCAAGAUGGUCUCCAAGGUCAUCUUCGUCGACGACCUCUACGAGAGCAGGGACGACAGCAACGACAGCCGAGGUUGGAAACGGAUCCAGCCGUGGUCCGCCGCCGCCGCCGAGCCGGAGGACACGGAGAAGGACGGGUCGGAGAAUAGGAUGCGAUGGAUCAUCGUCGAGAGGAUCCUCACCUUUUCGCUGCGCUGGGAGGCCGACGAUGGCCUGCUGUCGCGAGGAAGGGUGAACGAAGGUUUGCGAGGUGGCCGGCGACUGGCGACCGGUCCUCCCCUCGAGGGGCUCGAGUAA